AUGGCUCUUCUGAAUGCCGGCACGGUCUCGGGCAUGCUCGAGGUGUCUUUGACCGUACUGGCAGGUCAACUCGCCGGCGCUCUCCUAGUCGUGUACCAGGUCACGAAUGGGCGAGCUACUGCGGGAGACUUUAUUAUGCUACUGACUUACUGGACUCGCUUUAUCUCGCCUAUCACAUUCUUCUCCUCCUUAGGGGGGAGGAUUAGUCAAAUCCUGAUGAACACUGAGAAGCUGCUGGAGAUCAUGCAGGCAAAACCAACAGUGAUCGAGAAGCCCGAUGCCAAACCUUUACAACCUGUUAGUGGCCAAGUUGAGCUUGUAAACGUCCAUUUCAGCUACGACGGGGUGCGUGAUGUCUUGAGAGGACUUCACCUGUCAGUCUCGCGAGGCACUAUUGUCGCUCUUGUUGGUAUGAGUGGUGCCGGAAAGUCAACUAUCCUAAGACUUCUCAGCCGGUUUUACAACGUCACUAAAGGGGCUGUUAGAAUUGAUGGACAGGAUACCCGAGACGUCACUCUACCCAGCAUACAUGAAUGUAUCGGCAUAGUCUCGCAAGACCCUUUCCUCUUUGAAGGUACCGUGUUAAACAACGUCAGAUGUGCUCGACUUGGCGCCUCGGACGAGGAUGUUUAUAACGCAUGCAAGGCAGCCGCUAUUCAUAAGCAGAUCUGUAGAUUUCCUGACGGUUACGAUACGGAAGUUAGGGAACGUGAAGUGAAACUAUCUGGCGGCGAGGUGCAACGUAUCGCCAUUGCUAGAGCAUUCCUCCAGAACCCAUCUAUUGUGCUUCUUGACAAGGCAACCAGCUCUGUGGAUACUGUGACGGAGCAGGAGAUCCAAAAAGGACUCCGUGCUCUUUAUCAAGGCCGAACCACCUUUAUUAUCGCGUAA